AGUAGCAGUGGAGUCACUGGCGCGGAUGGACGUGUUUGGUGUUUGAAAUUCUAACUUAACCUGACCCGGGUGGUUAACUGUUUGUGUUCUUUUAGCAACAACUGCGGUUCUGCGGGUUUCGAUAACUGUAGAACGUUCCCUUGCCCUAUGGAUUCUGUGGCUGUGCAACAGCGGUUUUUGAUGAAUGGUUAAUUCGAAUAAAUGGGACAAAAUUGUUUUCGAAACAGAAGAGUCAGAACUAGUGCAUACACUAACAGGUCGCGGUGGACCACACGAAGAGAGAUAAAGAAUACGAGAGCAAGAGAAGGAGAGCGAGUUGCAAGAUAAGAGCAAGAAGCGCGGUGAACGUGGUUUGGGCGAUUCGAGGGGGCGACGAGGCAUCCUGCACCCCUGAAAGGGGUUACAGAACGGGGGGAAUGUUUAUAAAUUAAUAUUAAUUCAAUCAACAAGAACGAGUGUGACGAAAAGGCUAGAAGAAGCGAGAUCUGUCAUUUGGGCAGUUAAACAACUCGAGCUUAUAACUGAGAAUCGCCAAAGUUUGAACGGUGCAUGCGGGUCGGGGUUAGAUGCAGCGUUUCAUGGAGCAGAUUCAAGUCUGGCAGUGGUUGGCAAUGUGAAUCCGAGUGAAGUGAAUGCGAUCGCAAACGGGUGUUCUUGCUGAGGCGUUUGCGCAAACGCACAAUACGCAUACGCAUCCCACGUUUUGAACCCAAAUGUGUCCCCUAAUUGUGUCAUGUUCAGAAACAAUUUGUGUUUUGAGUGUGCAGAGUAGAGAGAGUACGAAUGUGACUUUUUGUAGCAUCACCAUAACCAGCGUAUGGAAGACGAGAUCGGGAACGGAUGCUGUAGGAGGACCUUCCAUCCACACCAGAUAGUUCCUACAAAGUAUUUUGGUGAAGUACACGCGUGAAGAUCUAACUCGUUUGUUUGGAAUACGGAGUAUGCUCUCAACAACCAACGUAAACAACAGUCGCGGCAUAUGCAAACAGUGCCAAAUUUGCAAAUAAUCAAACAGGCAAUUCCGCUGCACCGCACGAUAGUAACCGGAGUAACAGCUGGCUCCCGCCAGUGGCUGUUUAUAGGAACGGUUAUUCGAACGAAAGCAUACUAACGACGACGUCUGCGUUUGGGUGGCUAGAAAUGCGAUAGAAAAGAGAACAUGCAAGUGGAAUGCACGCACUUCUCGCAUUUGCCAGCGACAGAAGAAGCUAAGUGUCGCCAGAAGUAAGUUGGUACGAAAGGAAAGUGACCAUCCCAUCAUCGAUCGGAGUCAGUGGCCAGCCACGUAAACCUGCGCCACGACGGGUCGCCGCCGUCCUCGUUGUCGCCACAGAUUGAGAUUGAUUAGGCGACGAAGCCCUUUUCCUUCGCACUGACUACGAGAUACGGCCCAUCCUCUUCUGCAGGCCCGUGUGGUGGAUGCAAAUCAAAGCAUCCGAACACAAGUCGCCCCUCGUGUGUUAUCAUCGUUGCCUGUGCACCAGUAGAAGUGAUAGUAAGUGGCAACCACUCAGUAAAUACGCGUUGCGCGAGUUAGUGUCGCCUUAAUAAUAGUGGAGAAGACGCUGCGAAAUAAGAAGUGAUCAGUGCGAAGAAGACUCGAGCCGGGAGAAAACGAGGUCCGGUCCCGGUGCAGCAGCAGCAGCAGCUGGUAGGGCGAGGUGAGGUUCCACUGAAGAUGAAGAAGUGUGGCACAUGCAUGCAAGAUCAUUGAUCUAUCGGUUUUAUUUAUUGCGCUGUUUACUGAUUUCGGUGUGUUGUUUGCCGUUGGCCGCUGAGCUGCGAAUAAGCGAGCGAGUAACGUGUAGGAGAGUGAGUGAACUGAAGACGCAGGACGACGCCCGGCCCGGCAACGCGACGUGAAGACGACACGGGAAGAGAAGAGGAUGCUGAACGUCGAGAAUGUGUGACGAUGGCGGGCUGGCUUGAAGGGUGACUGUCGGUAGCAGCAGUGCAGGGCGAGGACGGAGGUGACCGGUUCUACAUACGUGCUGCUGUAGUACAGUUUGGGUGCCAUAUCUCGGUCGAGGAGUGCUGCUAGUGUGUGCUCUCGAGAAGAAGUGCGUUCUGAGUCGUGCCGAUUGUGGUAGCGAAGGAUAGAGUGACCAACCAGCGGAGACGGGAAAGGGGGGUGAAUUAUUGGUGCGGGAAGUCUGAUGUGUGAUUGAGCUGAUGUUUUAGUUGUGAGACGCAGCAGCGGAUUUUAAAUUUAACUGACGAGCUGCAAGUGGUUUUGGAAUAUGGAUACUGGUUGGAUGUGGGCAUUUCACCUGAAACUGGAUUAAGGAUUCAAGUGAUGAAGUUCAUGUUAAAGAGAUGGCAUUGAUUUGGAGCACACUUAAACCAAACGAACGUUCCCCACACCUCUGAACAGUUUAUGAACGAGUAGAGAGAAAGAAGAAGAAAAAACGAAUAUUUCCCUAACAAAAAGGCUCAUUGCAGCAACCACCACCCACCGAUCCAAUCGUUCGCGUUCAUAUAAAUAAGUGCUAUACGUUGUUGUCCUGCUGUGCUGUCAGUGUUGUAAGUGUUUGUCAUUCUGCCCUCUUGGUCGUCGUAUGUGUGUUUGCUAGUGUUAAUAUCGAAAAGUAGUACGUACGAUUACGUCAGCAGAAGCGCGCGGAAGCUCACAGAGGAAGUCCUUUGAAGAACAAGUCUGUGGUUCGCACAAAAAAAUAAUAAUAAGUUAGACAAAAUCGAAAGCCCAAAUUAAAGGGUAAACUUUUGGGGGAUUUUGCGCCAGAAAGGCAGUGACCGAAAAAGUUCGAACCAUAGUCGGCAACCGAACCGAGAAUUGGAAAAAGGCAGUAGGAGCGAGUAAUGCUGAUUUAUAACAAUUUUGUCUUUAUUGAGUGAAACUGCUCGUUAGCGCGGAAGGACUCCCUGAGACGAGCGUGUGAGCGCAACGGAACAUGAACUGUAUCGCAGGGAAGACAUAGAUAAUAAGCGGAGUGAAAGAUUGGUACGAACAACGGGGGCAAAGGAUCACAACACAGAGAGGGAAAGUGGAAAAGUUUCUUUAUUUAUGGUCGUUGGCGAAAAGCUCGAACGGGAUUGACGAAAGUGGUACUAAGGUGCAGGGAAGUGAAGACUAGUCGAUAUUCGAGAAGCAAAAGAAGAAGAAGAAAAAGAAAAACAGUGCGGAGGAGUGAAAGGAGAUAUUUGAAGAGGAGAGUCGUGGUUUCGCAAGGCAGAACCAGGCGUUGAUAGUCAACCAGUUAAGUGUCUGGCUCUGUGAAGAUCUGUGUGUAGAUUUCAGUGUAUACGUUUCGAUGCCAUUAUUACAGACUACAUUAUGGAAAAUUAUAGCUAGAGGAGUGUCGCUCGCGGUGACGGCGCUCGGAAAGGAGACAAAAGAAGGAUAAAUCGUUCACCUGGAAACCAACCGACCGGGGAGAAGCCGUAAGAUCUGCGAGAUAUUAUCAACGUCAAUUCCUCCCAUCACAAUCAAAGAUCCAUCCAUCCCCACCAGCAUUGAAUGACAAUCGACCAGAAAUACAGUUGCUUCCGCUCGUUUGAUCUGCGCCUGCACUUAGUACCCGUAGCCGUCCUGGACCGCAUCCACUGCAUUAAAUACUGCCCGCAGGCCAUCGGGCCGCGCAUUAAUCUUCUUUGCCUCGAGGCACCGCCGGAUCAGCUCGAAUGUUCCACAAAGCUCCAGACGGCCACCGCGGAGUAGAUGUGAAGCUGUUGGCCGAGCUGGGAUAUUUAGCGGAUCGAUUAAGAAACCACGAACAGCGCUGGGAGCUGGCUGAGCUAAAAGACCUUCACAAGCGAAUAGUACUGAGCUUUGAUGAACUUCCGUUGAAUGUGGUCCGUGCGUCAGAGGACGAUCAGUUACGGCCUGUUCAGUCGGAACUUCACGGGCGCUCACAACUGCAGCAGGAAGUCGAGAGAGCGGCGGAAGCGGCGCAGGAAGUGGAAGCCACCAAGAGGAAGCAGCGCCUCCAGCGAAUACAGCAAUCCACCCAACCGAGUUCAUGUGACGACGUCGACCAUGCCAAACUAGUUCAGUUAGAAGACUUUCUCAUCUCAUUCUACCGUAGUUACGCCGAGACUCACAAAGCCAGCCCGAAGUGCAAAAAGACUAAGAAGCCACGUAACGCGGGAACCAAAGAAAAGGCGUUUCCCUUCUUGCUGUCAUCUUCGUCGCGACCAUCAAUCACGUCUUCAUCUAGUUCGACCGAGGCCGGACCUCGAGAACAGUGUGACAUCCAGCGUGCCACGGCUUCCGCCAGCGACGAUAACCAGCCAAAGCAGCUUCACCCGGAACAAUCAUUCAAUACAUCGCAGGCCGAUCGUACUAUGAACCAGGAUCGCGAACCCGAAGAUCCUAACGCAGUAGUUAUCGAACCCGCACAAGCCACCGACGAACCGACGUCAACGCCCAACGACGAAGACGAAGAUAAACAGCACAAACAGACCAAUAUCGAAGACAAUCAAAACGAUGCCAAACCACUCGACAGCCCCAGCCGUAGUCCUGGCAGCUGUCCAACGACGCCGCAGCGAUCGCUCACGAGACCCACCGCGGAUAGCACAACCAAAGACGACGACGAGGACGCAACGACGACGACGACGACAACGACAACGACCACGGCUUCACCCAGCCAGCAGACUGUAGUCAAUGUCGAGGACGCGGAUCCCCACGACCAGAAACGACCCUCCCUAGACGCGCCAACGUCUUCCUCCAUCACGGCUCCCCGACAUGGGAUGGGAGUGGGUUGCGGCGAUGGUGACAGCACCGAACCGGACGAGGAAGAAGACGACGAUGAUGAUGAGGUGACGCACUGCGGGGGAAGCUUCGGGGUGGACUCGAUCGAGCGUAACAAGCUGAGGAAGAGAAUCUCGGAACUGGCGAAUAAUUUUGCCAGUGCCAAGCAGUUUCAACAGAUGUGCGACAACAUCGAUGCGAUCAAAGAUGUUGAGCUGAGGGCUUUGAUCCGGGAGCUGAAGCGGAAGAUCGAUUUCGCCGAGCGGAUGAAUUGGUUAUGUCUCUCCAGUCGGCCCCGCUGUCCGCCGCUCCGGAAGACGAGCCUGCCGAAGCACUCGGACGUGAAGAAGCGCUUCCUGGAAAUCGCCGACACGACGCUGCCGGACGAGGUGAAAGCCGCCCUCCGGCUGCCGGCGUUCGAUUCCUACGAGUGGGAGGACUGGGACGUGAUUCACCUGAUGCAGACCAUGUUCGUCGAGCUGAACCUGCUGGAGAAGUUUCAAAUCCCCCGGGACACGCUGCGGGAGUGGCUGUACGAGGUCUACAAGCACUACAACGACGUCCCGUUCCACAACUACCGGCACUGUUUCUGCGUGGCGCAGAUGAUGUACGCCAUGACUUGGCACACGAAUCUGGUGCAGCGGCUGGGCGAACUGGAGGUGCUGAUCCUGUUGGUAUCCUGCAUCUGCCACGACCUGGACCAUCCCGGCUACAACAACAUCUACCAGAUCAAUGCCAGGACCGAACUCGCACUCAGAUACAAUGACAUUUCUCCGCUGGAGAACCAUCACUGUUCGAUUGCAUUCCGGCUGCUGGAGCAUCCGGAUUGCAAUAUUUUCCGCAACAUGAGCAAGGACUUGUAUAAAGACGUACGUGAAGGCAUUAUUCGUUGCAUUUUGGCCACGGACAUGGCUCGUCACAAUGAAAUCCUUACGCAGUUCCAAGAGGCUACCCCCAUUUUCGACUACAACAAUAAAGUUCACACUAAUCUGCUCUGCAUGGUGCUAAUCAAGGUGGCGGACAUCUCAAACGAGGCCCGCCCCAUGGACGUGGCCGAACCGUGGCUGGACCGGCUGCUGCAGGAGUUCUUCGCCCAAAGUGCCGCCGAAAAAUCCGAAGGCCUUCCCGUUACGCCCUUCAUGGACCCGGACAAGGUUAGCAAACCGGGCAGUCAGGUGCGGUUCAUCGGGUUGGUGCUGCUUCCGCUGUUCGAGGCCCUCGGUGAGCUGCUACCGGAGUUGACCGACCUGAUCAUCACCCCGGUGCGGGUAGCGUUGGAUUACUACAAAAAGCUGAACGACGUUGCCACCAGAGCGCGCCGUUCGAUCGCAGAACCAGAACAAUCGUCGGAGAACAACAGUACGGCCACAACGGGAACAACGGGAACCGCCACGGCUGGAACCGGCGUCAGCAGCGGAACGACAACGUGUGGAACGGGAACCGGUGCCGGAACGGGAACCGGAACGCCAGGACUGGGAACCAGCUCGGCCGGCUCGCCCCAGCUGCCACGGUCGCAGAGCGGCAUCAGCGUGAAAUCCAGACGUAGUAUCCUCUCGCAAACAUCCGCCUCUAGAACAUCUGUUGAUGAGCCUAUUUUAAUUACAGCCGAACUGCACGAUUUGCCGGAGGGCAGCGAGAGUGGGGACUCAGAGACGGCCACCGAAGUGGAUGUUGCGGAAAAAACAUCCAGAUUUAAGGUGGACACUGAGAGUAGCCACCGCAAGCAAUCGCACCCGAGCUCCCGAAAGGGGAGCCGCGAGAAGCGCCCGUCGAUGAUCGGCGAGUACUAUACGACAGGUACGCGCAUUCGUGGCUCCCACGGCAACAUUCAGCAUACUAAUCGAACGUAUUUUGGUUCAAAUCGCGCUAUUAGCUUAGACCAGUACAGUAACAGCCGCCGGAUGUCCGAUGGCAUUCAGAUACAGACCGUAGUGUCGGACAAUAGCGUGUACUACCAUCAACGGCAGCACCGGAGUCUGGAGCAUGAUUCUAUCGGUGGCGGCGGAAUGUACUCGUCGUCGGACCGCAGCACAAGUCUAAACAGUAGUAAUGAGCAGCAGCAGCUGCUCCAGCAAUUACAACAGCAUCAUCAACAUCAGCAACAACAACAACAACCACAGGGGCCAUUUCAAUCUAGUCAUCAUGCGCAUUUUCACCAUCACCAUCACUACCAGCAAGCGGCGGCUGCUCUGCAUCAACUACGGGCGGUCCAAGACUGCGAAAAUAUGAACAUAAGUGUGCCAUCAACGACGCCUUCAUCUAUCGUGAAUUCCGGGAAGCUAUACGGGAAUAUGAACAAUAACAACAACAGUAGCAACAACAAUAAAAACAUUGGAAAGAAGAUGAACUGGUGUCAGCAGCAGAAGCUGGAGAAGAUAAGAAACGUGAGUAAUAACAAUAACACUGGAGUCGGAGCAGGAGAAGGACAAGGAAACUAUGGAACAAGUAGUACAGCGGGGAAAGUUGGAUGCGGAGGUAUGAAUGGGACGAACGGAACGGCGUCAAAAUCAAUCAUAUCAAGACUGAAACAACUGACUGGAAGAUUGAGCUUUAAUUUUGACUCGAAGGAAUCCAAGAAGCCGCAGGUAACGGCUGUAGAAUGUGCGGAAAAUACUGGGGAGUCAAAUCAGACGAGUGGAUCGGGAAAGGGUAGCAUCAGUGUUUGCUUGCAGAACAAGACACGUCUAUUGGAGAAAUCUAAGACUGUAGAUGUAGGAGGGACGGUGGCAAUUUGUGAUGGAGGGGAAGGACUUGGAGAGUACUGUUGUGCCGCUGGAGUUAUAUUGAAUCAACCAAAAUCGAUAUCGCCUAUUCUCAUGCAACAUCGGAACAAUGACAUUAUAAGCUCGAUCAAUACGGCGCGUAAUCGGGCCUACAGCUUGGACGUGCCAAUAGGUCGGAAUUGUUGUCGAAGUUUAAGUGGAAGCACAGCCGGAGGAGGAGGAUCUAGUUGUGGAGGAAGCCACAAAAGUUUAACAUUUUCGCUGAACAAGUCACUGAAUGAGGAAGCAAAUGAUAAUACGAUAAGCUCCGGAGGCGUUGGCGGAGGUGUUAUACGUCAUCCACAAAUAGAUGACGCCACAAAAAGUGGGGGUAGCAUUAGUGAAAGCAUUUGACAACAACACCCUUACGAACCAUCACUGCAGGGAAUCCUGUUGGCUUCGAGCUCUCUGCAAACUGAUUCUCCUACCCCUCCGUUGUCUUCGAGGCAGUCACAUCAGUUACAACCAGCGAGCAGUAGUUCCGGUGGCAGUAAUCCAGCGCCACCACUGUUGCAAUACAACCGUAGACAAUCGUCACAGGAAGGUGCUGGAUCUGGUGGUGCCUCUGGCUAUCAGCGAGCUCCAUAUGCCGAGUCGGAAUCGAUUUCAUCCAAACACACCUCGGUACUGGUCAGCUAUUGGGCUUGUUUGACAGAACGGUUGAGCUCCAUGAUAUGCAAGUGCUGCGAGAGAACACUUCCUCCAGCAGAGAGUGUCUGAGAGCAGGUUCAUUGAAGGGUAGUUGCUGCAAAAAAAGAAGCAGCAGUGCAACAUGGUUCGAUGGGUGUUAUGACUCUUACUGAAGGUAUCAAGUUUCCGAAUCAUGGGUCAAAUUUUGAGCGAUUUUCGAGUCAUACUUAAAAAAAACUGACCAAAAACAAAACAGAAUAUACGACAAAUUUGACUUACAUAAAGAAAAAAACUGAACAAAAUAAAACAACUAGAAUUAAUUGUAAUACUCCCACAGUUUCACAUCUCCUAUACCACCUUUUGCUGUUAACAAAUCGAACAUUCAACCGAAAAACGAACAUAUCACUUUCUACUGUUCAAAAAACGUCAAACGAUACAAACAUUUAGCCAAAACUAUGCGUCAAUCCGAAUUUAUGCACCUGUUUGGCACAUUUGUGGAACCCGGUAGUGCAUUGAAACAAAGGUUUAUCGAUCACUAUCAAGCCAAAACAUUCUCAAUUUUGUUUAUCUCUUAAUAACACGAAUAUUGAGCAUACAAAUGACAAACAAAUACUCUAAGCCUUUGUUUCAUCUAUACUCACCUGGUGAGCUCGUUCCAUUUUGAUUUUUUAAAAAAAAAUACGCAAACCCGUUUCACGUGCGAUCCUGAUAUGUCAAAAUUGUAAACAUCCAUUUUUCGGGUCGCGCCUAACUGUAGUCUAUCGACCUAAUGCAGAAAAAUAUUACAGCAGGGCUCCAGUUAAUGAUAGCCGCUACUGGACAACUUAUUUAACGUAUAAAUGAAACAACACUGACUAUCGACUAGAUAUGAUUGAAAAUUCAUGUUGCAGGCGACAUUAUAAAUAAACUGAUGAUUGUAGAACUCACAACAGCGUAUGCUGAUAUACAUAUUUAAAUCAAUUCAAUUGAUAUUCGUUUGGGAAAUUCACACUGGAGGUGAAAUGAUGUGCGGCAAAUGGACACAUGCCGCUCCCCCAAUCGUAAUUCAGUAUCAAUGUCUCUUAAUAGAACCAGAUAGACUAAUAGCAAUUGCGAACAGUUAGAGUCGAAAGCAAGACAUAAAUGUAGUUAAAUCCUAAGUGUUAGCUCGUUUGAACUCUGGUGGUGUAUGAUAAUCAAACGAACUUACUGGAAAUCAGUGCGAAAAGACUAAUCUUAUAAAAUCAUAGUAACUGGUGCGAAUAAACGGCAUAUGCCGGAUCCUUAAAACCCCGAAGGAAUAGAAGAAGUAUUUUCAAAGUUGAUCAAAUUGAAGAACGGUUAGUCAAACUUAGACUUUGUGCCACAUGAAACUGAAAUUAAAACGAUUCCUCUUUUUCCCAGUCCAAACCAAACAGAAACAAUGCAACCCACCAUUUUACAAUUAUUAGGAAACUAGAACUUAAAAUCCUCGCUGACAAGUAUUCGGCUCCGGAAAUAAAAAAAAAAUGAAUGAAAAUUAUUAGAAGAUAAAUGGACCAACGUAUGUUUCAAUUCCCGAAUAAACAAUCGUCUUCUAGUGGUAGUCGAGAAUGCAAAUCUCGUGGCAAAUAAUUAAAUCGAACGCAAAAUCGGACCUAGAGUAGGUGAAAAUUUAAUGUUUCAAAUUAAGGUGAAGGUUGGCUGCGUACAUUUGGAAAACCGCCUCACCGUUUUCGGACACGUUCCUGGCUGAACCAAUCAAUGUAGUUAGCCAUUCCUGCUGACUAUGUUGAACGCGUCGCUUCGUUCGUGUCCUCGAAACUGCUAUGUGGGAAGCAGCCGGCCACAGUGGUGGCCAUCUUUGGUACUCUUCCAACCUUGUCCUUAAAUCCGCAAGGUAAAUAAAACAAAAAUAAAACAGAGGUGUCAUACUUAUAAAUGUGAUUUCAGUGGCAUAGUUGAUAACGAAAGCACAACAGUGUGGAAGUUUAGUCGAAUUCGUAAAGAGACAAGUUCUAUCGGACAAGCGGUGUAAUCUUUAAAAUUUAACAUAAGUAUAAUAAUUAUUAAACCUAAUUGGUAAGUUAUUCGAGAGGGCUUUAGCGAAAGAAUACGAUAUUUAGUGGCGAACGCCUUCGAGGGGAUUCAACCGAUAUAAACCAUGAACACUAAAGAAACUAGAGAGGAUCUAAAUUAUAUAUGUAUAUUAUUGCAAUGAAGGUUGGCGCUUGGCGGACUGUCUGGAAUAACGAGUUAUUGGAAAAGAUCAGUGAACUGAAUGAAGAAAAAAGUAAUUUGAAACAUGAGAAAACGCAUCGGACAACUAUACUGGAAAAUAAAGAGAUGUAAGUGAUAUAAUGAUAAACCAGA